GGAGGGUCUCCCAGAGAGGGCACAUCCUGUCAAUAUGUACCUGUCAGCCAAUGACCUGAAGGAGUGUCGCCCACUCCGCUGCAGCCAAAGGUACCUCCAACAUCGGGAGGUUGUUCUUUGUAGCUCCCUUCCACCAGGUCGUUAUAUCAUCAUCCCUUCCACCUUCAAGCCCAAUGAGAAGGGGGAGUUCCUCCUGCGGGUGCUGACAGAGCACGGCAGCGUUGCCAUUCCAGCUUCCAAACCAGCACCACAGGAUGUCUCUGUGAGAGCAGAGCUUUCCUAUCCUCACCAGACUGCUCUUCCUUCACCUGAUUCUGUCAGACUUAUGUUCAAGAAGCACUGCGACCAGAAGGGGUUUUGCAAACCGGUGCACCUCCACAACCUGCUGACUGAGGCCAUACAGGCAGGAGUGUUGGCCGGCAGCGAGAAAUACCUGGCUCUGGAGCACUGCAAGAGCCUGGUGACCCUCAUGGGCAACCAAGGUGCCGCUAAGCUAAACUGGUCAGACUUCCAGUUUCUGUGGGACAAGAUCACGGGCUGGACGGAUAUCUUCUUGGUGGCUGACAAGAACAAGACUCGGCGCCUCGAGUUUGCAGAGAUAGCCUCCGCUCUGAAAGCAGCAGGCAUCACAGUGGAUGAUCUGGUGCUGCAGCUGGUUGUCCUGAGAUACACCGAGCCUAACCUGACCAUCACUUACCCCGGCUUCCUGUACCUGGUGAUGAAACUGGAGAGCAUGACCCAGCGUUUUCAAGAGCUUGACAUGGUGGGAAAAGGGUUCAUAACCGUCAGCUACAAACAGUGGCUCCAAGCGACCAUGUAUAACUGAGCUGACCUGGUCCAGUCACACCCACUCGCCGGUUUGUUUCCUGCUCUUUAAAGGAUAAGGCCAGUGUAUAAUCAGAAAGAUGCUUCAUUGAGAUUAAACUGUUUUAUGAAUGGAUCUACUGUUGUGAAGCACAGGGUUUCAAAAAGCAACUGUUUUUUCUGAGGGCUAGGGUUCCUAUGCUGUGAGAUGUGACCUCCUGCUGCAUGGCACAGGUAGUUUUCCUUAAGAUGGGCACUCCCUGGAGGGUCUGCUGUUCUGUUGCUGGGGGGGAUGUGUUGCUGGGGCUGUGGUGCUGCAGGGUCGGGGGAAAAACUGAACUUCUGGGUUUUAUUGCUGACAGAUGGUUUGGUGUGACAACAUUAGUGACAAACACCUUUGGUCCUUUGUUUAUUUACAGUUAUUGUGUAUUAAAAGUAAAAAAGAGGAAGUAAAACGACUAUAAGAUAAUGAACAAACAAACAGAAGUGUUGAUUAUCUCAAAGACAAAUACUCCUGUUGCAUCUUUAAGUUUGUUGGACUAAUAAUAAUAUAUAUAAUACAUCCUGGUUUAAAUCAAGAAAGAUUUUAAGCUUUUUGGUAAUAAUCUCACGUUGUCCUCGCUGAGGGGUUUCUGUUCAUUUUAUUUUCAUGUUAUUUUGAUGGGAUUAUAAUUUUGUAUGAUUUUCUUCUGUUAAUCUGGUGUCGACUCUGUGGUGUUUAUUAUUUUGUUA